UUUUGCGUCACAUUCUAAUCAUCCAACCUAUCCUACGCACAAAAUGCCACUGUCACUAACUCACUUCCCAUAAAUAAUGAAACGUUACCAUAAUACAUUUAAAAAAAAAAAAAAAAAGUUUUGAAGGUGUUAGAAACUUACCAAGAAAAAAGCAUGGAUUUGGGAACAACGCAUCAUUAUCCGGCUACCAGGCGAUCGGACGCUGACGCGUACGAGGUACCUGAAGGGGUAGACGUAAGAGGAAGGUACGACAACGAGUUUGCGAAAAUCCUGUCUAAGGAUGCCUUGCAAUUUGUUGCUGUGUUACAAAGGGAGUUUAGGAGCCAUAUUAAGUAUGCUAUGGAGUGUAGGAAGGAGGCUAAGGCUAAGUAUAAUAGCGGGGCGUUACCGGGGUUCGAUCCUACGACUAGGAUGAUCAGGGAAGGUGAUUGGGUGUGUGCUGCACCACCUCCUGCGGUUGCUGAUCGGAGGGUUGAGAUUACGGGUCCGACUGAGAGAAAGAUGGUCAUUAAUGCUCUUAAUUCUGGUGCUAAAGUUUUUAUGGCUGAUUUUGAAGAUGCAUUAUCACCAAGCUGGGAGAACUUGAUGAAAGGACAGGUGAACUUAAGAGAUGCUGUGAAUGGGACAAUUAGUUUCAAUGACAAAGCUAGGAAUAAGACCUAUAAAUUAAAUGACCAAAUUGCUAAGCUCUUUGUCCGCCCACGCGGUUGGCACCUCCCUGAAGCUCAUAUUCUGAUUGACGGCGAGCCUGCUACUGGCUGUCUAGUCGACUUUGGCCUCUACUUCUACCACAACUUUGCUAAGUUCCGCCAGGUACAGGGUGAUGGCUUUGGCCCCUUCUUCUAUCUCCCAAAGAUGGAACACUCCAGGGAAGCAAAGAUCUGGAACAGUGUGUUUGAGAAAGCAGAGAAGAUAGUAGGAAUAGAGAAAGGAAGUAUUAGGGCGACGGUGCUCAUAGAGACGCUUCCUGCAGUAUUCCAAAUGAAUGAGAUACUGUAUGAGCUGAGAGACCACUCUGUAGGGCUCAACUGUGGGAGGUGGGAUUACAUCUUCAGCUAUAUCAAGACUUUCCAAUCUCACCCUGACCGCCUUGUCCCUGACCGUGUUCAGGUUGGGAUGUCCCAACACUUCAUGAGAAGUUAUUCUGAUCUUCUCAUCUACACUUGCCACAAGCGCGGUGUCCAUGCUAUGGGUGGCAUGGCGGCCCAGAUUCCUAUAAGGGACAAUCCACAGGCAAACGAGAGGGCUAUGGAGCUAGUAAAGUUAGACAAACUGAGAGAAGUAAAAGCAGGACAUGAUGGUACUUGGGCUGCACAUCCAGGCCUAAUCCCACCAAUCUUAGAAGCCUUCAACCCCAACAUGGGCAAUGCUCCGAACCAAAUCCAGUCUGCACCCCGGCCAGAAGCUUCUGCCAUAUCAGAGGAGGACCUGUUGAAGCUACCUGAAGGAGUUCGUACCAUGGAAGGGCUCCGACUCAACACAAGAGUUGGAAUUCAGUACUUAGCAGCCUGGCUUUCAGGAUCAGGUGCAGUCCCCCUGUACAACUUGAUGGAGGAUGCUGCUACUGCAGAGAUCAGCAGGGCUCAGAACUGGCAAUGGCUCAAGUACAGGGUUGAAUUAGACGGAGAUGGGCUUGGAGUUAAGGUCACUCCGGAACUCUUUGCUCGCGUUGUUGAGGAAGAAAUGGAGAGAAUUCAGAAAGAGGUUGGAAGUGAGAAGUUUCAGACUGAUAAUUACAAGGAAGCCUGCACCCUUUUUACCAACCAGUGUACUGCUACAGAGCUGGAUGAUUUUCUGACUCUUGAUGCUUAUAACCACAUUGUCAUCCAUCACCCCAAGCCCGGGUCGCCGAAGCUUUGAAGGAGACUUGAAGCAAAAAUGCAUAUAUUGCACUAGCCCGGGUCUAUUAUUACUAUGUUUACUUGGGAUUCUGCACUAGCUCUAUGUUGCAUCAUAAAAAUAAAAACCAAUGCAUAUGGCUGCAUAAUGUUUAAACGCUAGUAUUGUAAGAAUAAAUUCUUUCCCAUCUUUGGAUUUCAUAGAAUUUGCCAUUACUCUGAAUAAUAAUGCUGUUAGGAUCUUGAUCUAUGCA